CGUCCCGGGUGUCGAAGGAGGGGCAAGGCCAGCGCCAUUCUCAGCUUAUCGGUGGAAGCGAUCUAAGGAGCCCGCGUCGCAAUUCGUCGAUAACACCAGCCAAUGAGAGGCCUUGUUACUGUCAGGGCCGCCGUCGCAUAUUGAUGAAGAAAGAGAGACGUAUGAGGGGGAGAGAGAGUCGCUGAUGGUGUUGCGCCACCGUUUGAAAUAUAUUGGUGCUCGUUUUCUAGCACCCUUUGGUUAUUGCGUUUAUCGUUGUGUUUAUUUUCUUCCGCCUCCCCACGUUCGUUCCCCCCCCCCCGCCUUUUCUGCUUCUCAUAAAUGCUAAAUCUAAAUGAAGGAUGGAUACUGACGACGUGACGAUCAGAGAACAAAACUUUCGUAGCCAAAUCCGGGAGUACACAAUUUGUUUCCUUUUGUUUGCUAUUUUGUACACAAUCUCCUACUUCAUUAUCACCAAAUACAAAAGGAAACCAGACGAUCAUGAGGAUGAAGAUGCCAUCGUCAACAGAAUUUCGUUGUACCUGUGCACGUUUACUUUGGCUGUUUCAGCUGGUGCGGUCUUGCUAUUGCCAUUUUCAAUUGUCAGCAAUGAGAUCCUGCUUUCCUUUCCACAAAAUUACUACAUACAGUGGCUGAAUGGUUCAUUAAUUCAUGAGUUCUUCGAAGAUGUAACCAGCAAAGUGGAUAAUGAGGAUCCUGCAGAUGUCGUAUCUUGGUACUUCCAGGACGUACUGAUAACGUGCUGA